AUGAGGUCAAUCUUCACUCAGUUGUACCUCUUAUUCCUUUUGGUUGCCAAUGUUUUUGCAACUACUGGUAUAAAGUGUAAUCCUACAGCGCAAUGUUCUGUCUCAAACACCCGUUGUGGACUUUUCAAUUUCCCAAAAGCUAAUUUCGAACUUCUGGAAGUAAUUCAAAUUAGUGGACCACUUCACAGUAUUUCUUUUAGCUUUUCUUCCUCAGUUAGUUUAUUAGCUACUUCUAACUUAGGUUCAUUGACUUGUGGAUUCGGAUCUUCUGUUUUCACUCUUUUCUCGUCCAAAGUAUCAGUUGUCAGCAACCCAGGCUCUUGGAACCAAAAUCUUCAAGUUAACUGUAUUGAUAACGGUGACCACUAUUGUUUACCAGACUUACUGAUCAAUUACAACUGGUGUUCUAGUAUCAACCUUUUCAACUUUAUUCCAUGUACCUUCUGGGGUUUCACAAAGUCUUACUCAUACAAGUCUGGAUGUGGAAGUAGUUCCAGCUACGAUUGGCCACAAUACUGUUGGCCAAAACCUGUUACUACAACUUCAAAGACUACAGCCAAGACUUCUUCUACUGUGAAGACUUCCUCAACUAAGACUUCCUCAACUGUUAAGACUACUUCGAGUGUUCAAACUUCAUCAGUACCAACUACUGGCCCAUCUGUCACAACUUCAUGUGUUGCUACAGUUAAGCCAACUGCUCAGUGUACUCCAAACACCAAGCGUUGUAAGACAUACAACUACCCUCAAGCUGACUUUAGUCUUAACAGUGUUAUCCAAAUUAGUGGAUCCACUCACAAGAUUAGUUACGGUCUUACUGUCCAAGAAUCUUUAAGUAUCAACGCUUUAGGUACUUUAGGAACUUUCUUCGGAAGCUGGAGAAACCCACUUUUCGAUUGUAACAAAAAGAUUGAGACUGUCCUGGACCCAACUGACUGGAACCAUGAAGUCGAGGUUGACUGUAUUGACAAGGGUGACCUGUGGUGUUUACCAACCUUCCUGAUUGGAUACAACUGGUGUAUUGCUGGUGUUUUCGACACCAGUCUUUGUUCCAGUUUCGGAUUCAGCAAGUCUUACUCUUACAGCUGUGGUUGUGGUGAUGAUUAUGAUUUCCCACAAUACUGUUGGCCAAAACCUGCCACUUGUACAACUGUGCAAAGUUCAUCAAGUGCCAAGACUUCUUCAACUGUUUCAAGCUCUUCAACUAUUGCAAGUUCUUCAACAGUUAAGACUUCAUCUAGUGUUCAAAGUUCUUCAACAGUUAAGACUUCAUCUAGUGUUCAAAGUUCUUCUACUGUUGCAAGUUCUUCAACUGUUAAGACUUCAUCAAGUGUUCAAACUUCAUCAGUACCUACUACUGGCCCAUCUGUCUCAACUUCAUGUGUUGCUACAGUUAAGCCAACUGCUCAGUGUACUCCAAACACCAAGCGUUGUAAGACAUAC